AUGCCAAAUGAAGAGACUGUGACACCGGCCGAUGUAAUCCUACCUGACGACGAGAUAGAUGACCUUGUAGAUGCGGAGAAUGGGAUAAACGAAGAGCAGUUGGCUUUGGAGAGUGCUCAGACUCAGAAUGGCGGGAGUGGGUAUGUCAGCAAGUCUUUGCUAGUCACUCUUGGUGCCAACAAAGCAAGGGAAUUGGUGAACAGCCUUUUGACCAGCAAGAACUCGGACAAGGUGUAUGUAAACUCAGGUAACUGUAUAGACCCGCUAUCGUACACCCAGAAAGUGAAGGACAAUACGACGUACGACUUUGUGGCCAUGUAUCAGUGGCAUCUAGAGGGAACACUACACCAGAAAGAGUUAGAACCAGUGGUGUUUUCCAGCGCCAACUUUCUGUGCAUUUACCAUGCAUCAUCUCGCGUUCCCUGGCCACGGUGCUCGUUGUUGCAGUGCGCCGACAAGUUCUGUCAGCGCUGCUUGUGA